AUGGGGAAACUUGGUAGGAUGUUGGACACGUUCUGUCUAUCUUCUGUUUCAAACUCCUGCUUAUGUGUAAAUUCCUUGGAAUCUGAAGAUGAGUUUGAGAACAAGCCCUUGAUUGCAAGUGGCAGUGAUCAUAAACCAAAACUGAAGGAUGUCGUUGCUGGAAAGCAGACAUUGGCUUUUCAAUUGAAACCCAAGAUAGUGAUAUUGAGGGUGUCCAUGCAUUGCCAUGGCUGUGCAAGAAAAGUUGAGAAACAUAUCUCAAAAUUGGAAGGAGUGAGCUCGUACAAGGUAGAUCUGGAAACCAAAAUGGUAGUUGUUAUUGGCGACAUUCUUCCAUUGGAAGUGUUGGAAAGUGUGUCUAAGGUAAAAAAUGCAGAGCUUUGGAAUUCUCCAUGCUAA